CUCUUGGCUGGUGAUGGCGGGACCGGACGACGCCAAAGCGACUGCCAGCGACGCGCCGGCGCCCUGGCCAGUUGUCGUGGAAGCGCUCCAAGCGUUUCGCGACCUGCAUGAUCAUGUCAACGUACCCGUCGACUUUGACGUCCCGAUGACAGCGCCAUGGCCGGCCGCCACCCAAGGCCUCCAGCUUGGGCGGCGCGUGGCCUCACUUCGCACGCAGUCGGCGAUUGAUCCGGCGCACAAGGCGACGCUGGAUGCCCUCGGAUUCAAGUGGACGACGCCGCGAGUCCAGCAAUGCCAAGAGUCGAGCUGGGCGCAUCGCCUCGAGGCGCUGUGCUUGUACCGAGAAGAGCACGGCGACCUCGCGGUGCCGACGACGUACGUUGUGCCUGACUCGUAUCCGCGGCACCUGCAGCGCUUCCCGCUCGGCCGCGCUGUCAACACGCUGCGCUGCCAGAGCUACGUCUACACGCCCAAAGUCGUCCAGCAACGAAGCGACCUCGACGCGCUAGGGUUUCUUUGGCGUCUGCGCUGCGACACGACAUUUUGCGUCGUGCACCGUCCAGGCAAGCGCGCGCCCAUGUCACAGCUCGUCGCGUGGUCGGAGCAGAUCGAGGCGCUUCUCGUCUUUCAGCGUCUGCACGGCCACGUCAAUGUGCCCGACGGGUUCAUCGUACCGCCCGAAGCGGACGUGUGGCCGCUUCCGAUGCACUACGUCGCCCUCGAUCUCGCGCUCGCGUCGCUGCGCGCGCAUGUCUACGAGCUACCUGAGGCCGACGCCGACCGGCUCCGAGAAGCUGGUUUCUUUGCCGAUCUGCCCGACUUUUGCUCGUUUAUUGAGCUGCUCGCCAUCUACCGCGCCGAGUUUGGCUCUUGCGCCGUGCGCAUCGACUUUGUCGUGCCUCGGAUGGGCGGUCCCUGGAUCAACGCCUGGCGCGGCUUGGCCCUCGGCGAUCUUGCGUGGUCGGUCGGCUUGAAGGCUCGGGCGCUCAAGGCUGCACAGCGCGACGACCUUAAACGCGCUGGCUUUGUCUUCAACGUCGACGCGACGUGGGCAAAUAUCUUGGUUGGCCUCGAGCACUAUGGAGCCAAAGCGGUCACGCCGAGCUUUGUGGCGCCGCCAACGUGGCCGGGCGACCUGGCCGGACUGCGCCUUGGACACUUCGUCGAGCGCAUGCACACGGCCAAGCGACUGCGUUUGCUGCCACCGGCCACAGCAGCUACGUUUGCAACGCUCACGCAAACGCUGCGUGCCCCUCAGCUGUUGUGGGAGCCUCCGCAUGAUGCGACCACUCGGCUUCAGGUACUCAAGCAACUUCGAGACAUUGUGCGGGUCGUCCGCGACGUCCAUACUGUCUUGCCAUACGACUUUGUCGUGCCGUCGAGUGGCUCUGCGUGGCCACCCGACAGCCACGGCGUUCCGCUCGGUGUGCGUCUGCGCUGGUUUUGGCAGCACAAAGAGCUUUCGUUGCCCGUGUGCGACGAGCUCCGCGCGCUUGGUGUCACCGUGAACGACGCGCCACGACGUGUCGCUCCCAAGGCGUCCGCCCCGACGGCGCGCGCCUGGACGCUGCAAGACAAGGUGCGCGCGCUUGCGUUCUAUCGGCAUUUGCACGGGACGGCCAAUAUGCCGUUGCGCUUCACGGUGCCAACGGCCUCGCCGUGGCCGACGCCGCUGCGAGGCCUCAAACUGGCCGCGUUUUUGCAGUCGCUGCACUACCACGACCGCGCCCUCGACAAAAAGUUUGAAGCGCAGCUCCAGCAACUCGGCUUUUCGUCUGCGGAGGCCACGUCGCGCUGCGUGAAACGCGCAACGCGCGGUGGCCUCGUUGUCGGGACCGUCUCGAUUGCUACGCAGGUCGCAGCGCUUCACGCGUACCAACAGCUCGUCCGCCACGUAGGCACGAUGCCCGACGACUUUGCGGUGCCAGCGGACGACGCCGCUUGGCCACCGGGCAGCAGCGACAUUGUGCUCUCGCGUGUCAUUCUGGCGUUGCGGAAUCACUGGUUUGAGCUCCGACCAAACGAAGAUGCGUGCGUCCGAGCGUUGGGUCUCUUUGCUGACGUUCCGCCCUUUGACGACUUUGUGCAACUCGUCUCCCGGCUCACUUCGGAUGGCAAGACGACCGUACCGCUGGACUUUGUGGUGCCGUCAAAGUGGUCGACGCCAUGGAGUGGCGCCCCGCUGGGCGAGCUCGCGUGGUCUCUCGGCGUGCUCAUAAAGCAUCUCGACUACGCCAAGACGCAGCAGCUGGCGACGAUCGGCUUUGACUUCAACACGCCUGCGACGUGGGCGCACAUUCUCGACGGACUGCGCACAUACCACUCGCUCUACGGCUUGACGGACGUGCCAGAGGCAUUUGUUGUACCUUGUAUUGCCAGUUGGCCGGAAGACAUGCACGGCAUGCGCCUCGGCCAUUGGGUCCAGUAUCUGCACUCGGCAAGAGAGCUCUACUUGCUGCCGCCCGACACCAUCGCUGCCGUCGACGCCAUCGCUACCGGAGCAGAAGCACCAGACACCGUACCAAGCGGCGACAACUCGGCACCACCAGCGACCGUUCCGGCUGCAACGACCAUCACCGACGAUGCGGUGUCUACCGAGGCCGGUGCACAGCCAGAAGCCGAUCAGCCGUCACCCGUAGCCGUGCAACCGUCGGGCGGCGCGCAACCGGCAGCGCCAGCAAGUCUUGCGCUUGAUACUAGCCCGAACGAGCAAUCGGACCACCUCGUUGCGCUGGAUCUGUGGCUCCGGGCGACGCCAAGCCCGAGCGAAUCAGCUCGCCUCGGCACGAUAUCGCGGGCGUGUCCCGUCGUGCUGCGAUCUGUGUCAGUGGGCGCAUUUUUGCUCGAGCUCGAGGUUGGACGGGCGUUUGAGCAUCUGCAGUCCACCCUUGACGAUCGGCGAUUCGACCGCCGAGCUCGGUGGGCGAUCAAGUUCCAGGCGCUCACUAUGUUCAAGGCGCUCAACGGCCAUCUCCGAGUACCUCGUGCAUUCACAAUCAGCUCUGACGUCGUCUGGCCCGCGUCGUUGAACGGCCUGCGACUCGGCGACGUCGCGUUUUGGUUGCGCCGCCUCACAGCAGCCGAUGUCGUAUCGACGGUCGCGACCCAGCUCGGUGCUAUUGGCUUUGAGUGGGACGCCUUGCCGGCCAGUGCCUCGCAGUCGAAGCACCGGGCGUCCACUGUCGCACCCAUCGUUCUGUCAAGUUUGCCAGCGCCCAACGCGAGGCCGUCUGUCCGCGGCGCUCCCCGUGCCAAGGCCAAAGCCGUUGCCAAGGACCUUGACCGUAUCCACGCCAUUCGCAGUGAACCGAUCCGUGCUACCGCUCGAGUCAUCAACAUCUGCAGUCCCAGCGACGAGGACCCGGGCACGAAGCGCGACAACAGUGACCGAGAUGCCAUCGGCACGGGGCCGGUGCAGCCCCUCCCCGUUGGUGUCCGCCGCCGCCAAGACGACCCGGAACCGGUGGCGUCGGUUCGGCGCCGGCUCGCACACGGCUGGGUAGUGCCUCCCCGCGGCCCCAUGGCCCCGUUGCCGAUGCCGGUACCUCUUCGCAGCCCGUACGCCCCGAUGGCGGCACCUCCACAUGGCCCGUACGCCCCGAUGGCGGCACCGCGCCCGCUCGAUGCAUUCCCGUGGCGCGUUUGUCUCGACGAACUUCGUCGGUACUUUAUCGAACACGAGCACUCGAACGUCCCGCUCGAGUACGUAUCCGAGAGCGUCCCGCUCGGACGGCUCGUGCGCGAGCUGCGGCAAGGCGGUGCUAUCCUCACGCCCCCACAUCUGCAAGAGCUCCAAGCGCUCAAGUUUGAUUGGUCAAUUUCCGAGUAAUCGAUGAUAUAUCAAGUUGAUAGUUUAGAAGCAGGUCCAACAUCCAACUCGCAC